UCUUCAUCUAGUGCUGCUUCCACGAGGAGAUACACAGACACAGCCUACGACAAACAAUACUUUAAGGAGAAUUUACUACAGCUUACCUGUGAACCUCUGUGGGAACUGCACUAAGUCAACUGAUGUCGCUUUGAAUUUGACAAGGUGAAACGAAGAACCUUUCUUCCAGCACCCAUACAAAUCUGUCGAGCAGCGAUGCUUCCGAGUCCUGCAACCUCAACUCCGUUUUCGGUAAAGGACAUCCUCAAACUCGAACAGCAACAUGCUCUGAACCCCAAUGGAUUCAUGGGUGUUGAGCAGGACACUGUCCCGCUGCAGUCGCUUCAGCUUCAGUGCAUGCAGAGCACACUGAGCCGGAGCCUGGAUCUCCUCUACAGCCCCGAGAAACACAAUGUGACUGCUGGGGAACAGGUGAAAUGCGCCCUCAAUUCAGACGACUUUGACAUCGUCAGAAGCUCCUGCGGAUCUCCAACGGAGGAAGAGAUGGAUCCAAACGACGAUGCAAGCAUGUGUCCAUUUGACGAUUCUAGUUAUAAUGGCAGAAAAGAUGAAGCACCGGGGGAGAAACCAAAGCAGAGGCUGCGCAGGAAACCCCGAGUGCUCUUCUCUCAGACUCAAGUGUUUGAGCUGGAAAGACGCUUUAAGCAACAGAGAUACCUGUCAGCGCCCGAGCGAGACCACCUGGCUCACGUUCUGAAGCUCACCUCAACACAGGUCAAAAUAUGGUUCCAGAACCGGAGGUACAAGUGUAAGAGACAGCGACAGGAUAAAACUCUAGAGCUGGCCGGCCCGCGGAGGGUGGCGGUGCCCGUGCUGGUGCGAGAUGGCAAACCCUGUCAUGGAGCUCCGUACAAUGUCACUGUGUCAUAUCCCUACAAUAACUAUUACAACAGCUAUGGAAAUAACCCAUACCACUGUAACUUCACAUCUGUACCACCGUUUGCCAACACGAGUCAAAUACCCAACCACUUUGUGGAUAUGAAUUUGACGACGGGAGGUGUUGAUGGGAUCAGAACUUGGUGAGACCAUGGCAUCGGUCCUGAAAGAGAAGAUUUUGGAUUACUGGACUAUUUAAUCGAAUGGCACU